AUGUUCAAAAGAUUUGACCCAAGCCAUGACACAUCAACCAGUACGCAGGUGAAGGCGUCGAUCCAGCGAUCACUCAAGUCUCAAAUUCUGGAUCGUCAUAAAUCUAUUACUGAAGAUACUCUGGAGGUACUCCUUCCAAAAAAGUCGCCGUUGGUUCAGUAUAAAGUGGGAAGUCAUAUGAUGCUGUACUGCAAACGAAGUGAACAUGAAGACAAGAGUCCGACUGACGAGCCAGUUCUGUUUCAGCACCGGGAUGGACCCAUCAUGCCCACUCUCAAAUUGCUACAUCGGUAUCCAACUUUAAAAUUUACUCAGGUGACUGUUGACAAAGGAGCUAUUCCCUUUUUGCUGGGUGGCGCCAACGUCAUGUGUCCUGGAUUGACAAACCCUGGCGGAGAAAUGCCCGCAGACGGCUCUGAACAAGACGAGCACGGCUUUGAUAAGCCGGGAUUGAAAAAGGGCGAUGGAGUGGUGAUAUAUGCAGAAGGAAAGGAGUUUGCUAUUGCUGUUGGCACGAUGACCAUGAGCAGUUUGGAAGUGAGGGGGAAAAAUAAGGGAAUAGCUAUCGAGCUAAUGCAUUACUUGGGCGACGGGCUUUAUCAGACGGACGAAAUAUAA